AUGUCGACCGCAAAGCCCUCAUUCGUCGAGGAGGAAUCCCACAUAAACGCAGCACCAACCAAGAGAAGCUUCGGCGGACGCCUCGCCGCCCAUUUCAAAAAAUGGUGGUGGGUGCACUUGAUCAUAUUCAUCGCCUGUUUCCUAAUCAUCCUACUACCGGUUGUCUACGUCGCAUAUCCUAAGAUCGCACAAUCUGCCGUCAACGACUCAACCCUCGACAUCACGGAGAUGAUUCUCAGCAACCCAACGCCCGAAUCCUUCCAUCUCGAGCAGAGACAAGUCCUCGGCUCGAAAAGCUCUUAUCAUCCCCAGAUCUAUGCUUUCGAUUCUGAGGUUUCGCUGGCUGGAGAGGCGCCUUUCGCGCAUGUUACUGUCCCGGCUGUGAAGUCGAAGGAUGGGGCAGUUAUUCACUUUGAGCAGAAUGUUGCUCUUACGAAUGCUACAGCGUUCGCGGAUUAUACUACUGCUGUUAUGUUGAAUGAGGAGGUUUCAUUGAAUAUAUAUGGAAGACCUGGGUUGAAGCAGGGUGGUUUGCCUAAGACUACGGUUACUUACAACAAGACUGUUGUUAUGAAGGGCCUGAACAAACUCAAUGGCUUCACUGUCGCCAAAUUCUUCAUCAUGUUCCCUCCAGUGAACGGCUACGGGAUGAACGGCACCGUCAUUAUCCCCAAUGCCUCAGUCUUGACCAUUCCACUGGGCAACAUAACCCUGAACCUCGAGCUAAACGGCACAUCAGUGGGAACAACCUACCUGAACAACCUAACCCUCAAGCCCGGCAACAACACCGUCCCAAUGAUCGGCAAGGUCGACCAAGCCGCCAUCAUCACCCUGCUCACAUCAAAGUCCAACCCAUACAAAGACGGCAUCAUUCCCUUCGACAUCACCGGAAAUGCGACAUCAACAUACGACGGCAAAAACCUCCCAUACUUCUCCAAGGCGCUGGCCGCGAACAAGCUUUCUAUCAAGUUGGAUGUUCUGUCUGCGCUGAAGGAGGCCGGCGUUAAUCUUACCCUGUAG